CAAGCUGCUCCUUCGUCUGCGAGGAGAAACUGACGCGAGGAGCGAUCUGAUUUAAAACAAUGAAUGACAUUUCUGCUGGAUUACAAACUAUGAAGCGCUGCUCUCACGCUGAGCAGCAGUGACCGUCGCGUCCAGACACCGAUACCUGGCACGUCUCUACUUGUUGUCCUCCUGCGACAAACAUGACACCCCCGUUACUGGCUUAUGUCUUACUUCUUUCGGCCCUUCAUACCUGCUCUCUAACAAUCGAGUCUGAGGAGGACUACGAGGAUGUCACUGUGAACCAGAUGCUGGCUCCUAAAUCCCAGCAAACCGAUGCCACGGAAAUACUCAAUAAUUUACUGAAAGAAUACGACAAGAAGCUGCGACCGGAUAUUGGAGUUAAACCCACUGUCAUCGACGUCGACAUAUACGUGAACAGUAUCGGGCCAGUGUCUUCAAUAAAUAUGGAAUACCAAAUUGACAUCAUCUUUGCCCAGACGUGGACCGACAGUCGCCUCAGAUACAACAGCACAAUGAAGAUACUGACUCUGAACAGCAACAUGGUUGGACUUAUUUGGCUACCUGACACCAUCUUCAGAAACUCCAAGAAUGCAGAUUCCCAUUGGAUUACAAUGCCUAACCAGCUACUCAGGAUAUGGAACGAUGGGAAGAUACUUUAUACCUUAAGGUUGACCAUAAAUGCAGAGUGCCAGCUGCAGCUACACAACUUUCCAAUGGAUGAACACUCGUGUCCGCUCAUCUUCUCCAGCUAUGGAUACCCACAAGAUGAGAUGAUUUACAAGUGGAGGAAGAAUUCUGUGGAGGCGGCAGACCAAAAGUCCUGGCGUCUGUACCAGUUUGAUUUUAUGGGCCUGAGGAACACUACAGACAUCAUAAAGACUACAGCAGGCGACUACGUGGUGAUGACAGUGUACUUUGACCUGAGCAGAAGAAUGGGCUACUUCACCAUCCAGACAUACAUCCCCUGCAUCCUCACUGUGGUGCUGUCCUGGGUGUCCUUCUGGAUUAAAAAAGAUGCCACUCCAGCCAGAACAGCUUUAGUCCUGUGGAGCAUUUUUUGUGAAGGUAUAACCACAGUUCUGACCAUGACCACUCUCAGUACCGUGUCCAGGACAUCACUGCCCAGAGUGUCUUAUGUCACUGCCAUGGACCUUUUUGUCACCGUCUGCUUCCUGUUUGUCUUUGCUGCUCUGAUGGAAUACGCAACAUUAAAUUACUACUCAUACAGCGUUCAAAGACCCAGCUACAUGGAACCUAAAAGGCUGAACUACUCCGUCCUCGAUGUGAGACCUCCUCCACACACAGUCAUCGCUUUAAACAACUCCAUGUACUGGCAGGAAUUUGAAGACGCUUGUGUCUACGAGUGUCUGGAUGGAAAAGACUGCCAGAGCUUCUUCUGCUGCUUCGAGGAGUGUAAAGGAGGCGGGUGGAGGAGAGGCCGCGUCCACAUAGAUGUACUUGAACUGGACGCAUACUCGCGUGUCUUUUUUCCCACCUCCUUCUUGCUGUUCAACAUCGUCUACUGGGUAGGCUAUCUCUACCUUUAGCACACUGCGGGUGCCUGUUUGUUUUCAAAGGAUGGACGGUGCAGUUUAACAGAGGUAAUUCGAUCUGAAUAAAAGGUAACACCAAAUAAACUCCUUCCGGUGGACCCGGUUACCUGGAGGUGAGAGCGCAGUCAGGAGGACUCUGUGUGUGUGUGUGUGUGUGUGUGUGUGUGUGUGUGUGUGUGUGUGUGUGUGUGUGUGUGUGUGUAGACCUGUGCCUGGCAGAGAUUUCAGCCUCAGUGACUUCAGGUAUGAGAAUACAUCACAAUACUGACUCCCUUCAUAUGCUGUACACAGAGGGAUGGACGGUGCACUAAUGACCGUUUGGAGACAAAGAAGAAAACGUGCCCCAGACUCCGCAGUCAGGAGGCUUGUGUUAUAGGGAAUGUUAAUACCCAGCCAUCAGUCAGAUCCAGAUGAUGAAAAUCCAAGGACGUUCAAACAUUCAUAGUGCCUUCCUCUGGAGGGGUAGAUACUAUCUGCUGCAAUAAUCAGGGAAUAAUGAUUUAUAAAAAAAAAAAAAUAGAAGAGCCUGGCUUUGACUGAUUAUGGCUGUUCUCAUUCAGAGCUCUGAGUUACAUUUAUAAAACAACAUUUCAUGGAGCAAACACAGAAGAGUUACUAGAUUUACUUCAUUGUGACUCUCUGCCUGUAGACAUGGCUCAUCCCUCCUUCUGCACUACACAUUUUGUUUAGUUUCAUUUUUUACACAUCUUAUGGUGUUAAACUGGUUCUUUUAAUGGUUCUUUAUUCUGUAUUUUUGUUUGUGUUCCUACAGUAACAACUCAAACUGUGGGUUUUACUUAUUCUACACCCAGAGGAGAGAGAAAAAUGAAAUAUCUGAGGUAAAGUUUAUUAGCUGCCUUUGGUACAAAAGGCAGUCCAGCUGAGGUCAACAACCACGGGUACAUGCUGAAGAAAAACUACUUUUCUUUGGAGGAAUUAGUUUUUUUCUACAUUCUGGGAAAUACACCUGUUCAAUUUUUUUGAAGACUGACCUCACUUCCUCCAUAUGCUAAACAUGAAAUUAGAGCUUGCAGCUGGUUGGUUUAGCUUAGCAUAAAGACUGAAGGCAGGCACUAAGAAGGGCAAACAGCUGGCCUUGCUCUUCUUGGAGUUAAUGAAUUUUCUCUUCUUGCACAUGUGACAGUAGGUUCUAACCUGCUUCACUUAAUUUGGCAGAACCACACCUGAACCAGACCUACAGUAUGAACCCAGAGGAGCAAGACAAAGAUGAGGAAAAUUAUGCCAUUUAAAACUGAUUUAAACAUUCCUUGUACAAAAUCACCUAUGUAAUAAAAAAAUAAAACAUUUGCAGGUUCCAGAUUAAUAACAUACUGUAGAGUUAUUAACAGUAAUAAAAUUGCUAGGCACGACCUAGACUCAACUCAGUUCCCAACACAACAACAAAAAAAGGCAGCUUCCCUCAUAUCUAAUAACAACCCACAGACAGCACAGACUACAACCUACCAAACAGUAGCAUAAAACAUAUAACAGUAAAAUAAGAGUUUAAAUAGUACAACAGGUCAGCUUAUAAUACACUGGAAGAAACCCAGACGCAGCAUCAAUCAGUCAUCUAACUCUGGACAAGAAAGAACUGAAAUGAAAUCCUCGAUGCGAGUCACACAUACUGGAUGAACCUGAAGGUUUCUUUUACAUUUGCAGUAAGAUGUGGAGUUUAAAUGUAUUUACAGUCAGCAGGCGCAACAAAACUGUUUAUGUGUACCGGCUGGAUCGUCACAGAGUGGGCACCUUUGAGAUGAAACACCCUGGGAGCCCAGGCAGCCAUGCUUAUAAAGGAAGUGCUCUUUUUCUACAUGAGCAUAUUCACUCCAUGUAUUGGCAUCACACAGCAGACACUUCUUAGUACACACUGGACAAAGUAACUAGGCAAAGAAUAGUGUUUGUUCUUUCAGUUGUUAAACUAAUGCCUAGCUUCAAUAUAAUGGGUGUCACUGGUACAUAACUGUAGGCACAAAUAUAAUAAUCCUGCUUAUUACAAUCACCAAUCUCUGUUUGCAUGCAAUAAACAGAUACCAUGACGCUUGAGAGGAUGUGAUACAUUGGAGAUAGAGUUAUGCUUUUAAUAUGGACUGUUUGUUUCAUAAUUUGAUUUCCUGUCUUUCCACCUGGCAUUAGCAACCAUUAAACUGCCUUAGUGUAGCCCACCCUGAGCUGAGAUGAACACCAGAAAGACGUAUUUACCUCUGACAAUAACCUCAGCGUGGUGAAGACCUCACUUCAGCAAAGGUUACUCCUUUGUUUUUGGCAGUAAACUUUUUAUAUCCCUUUUUUUCAGCUCUUUUCUUUUUCUUAUAUUUGCGAUGUUUGUGCCAAAUAUUUCACACAUGUGCCCUGUCAUUUGUUUUCAGGCAAGUCUGAACAACCCUAAAGUGGUUAUUUUAAUGUUUUACUACUGCACGUACAGUACAGUGUGGUAUGUUGGAAACUUAAAGAAAGACAAGGUUAAAGAAAAACUUUAAAGAAAAAGAUGUACACGCUUUAUGUCCGUGGAUUUUUAAAUGAGUUUCUCGCAGGUACCAGGGUUGAUGUGGAGUUACAGUACAGGCACACAUACAGGAAUAAAUUCAAAGCUUCUUUCUUACUUUAUUUUAAUCUGUUUAAUUAAAUGAUGUAUUAAAAUGUGCAGAGGUAUCAGACUGUAAAAUGUCACCUUGCAAAAUCAUUUUGAAAGAAAAUUUUGAACUCUGCCAGCGCUGGUGUGAAGUGCCGCCUGCUGUGCCCGCAGGCAAACG